ACCUCAGCGGGGGAAUAAUAAUCCAGAAUGGCGACUAUCUUUACACAGUCUAUGUAGACCGAGAACUUAUAUUCCCGCUCGCAUAACGUAACAAAUAGUGACGUUGAAUUUACAACAUCAUAUGUUAACAAUAAACUGAAUAAAUUGUACAAUGAUAAUAGAUAAUCCAGAUCAGUUCAAAGCUUGGUUAACAGCAGUAUUGGAACCACUGUGUGAUGCAGAUCCAGCGGCUCUUGCCAAGUAUGUGUAUGCACUGGUAAGGAAGGACAAGACCUUGGAAGAGCUGAGUGGGUGCAUGGUGCAGCAACUUGAUGUAUUCCUGCAGGAUGAGACCCAAAAUUUCGUGGAGCUAUUGUUUAAGACAUUAGAGACGCAGAAUUACGUUCUCCCACCACCCAGGAGUGAGCCACUGAGGAGUACAACACCACCAAGUGUAAAUCCGCCAGCACCAAUGGUACAACCUGAGCCAAUAGAAGCGCCGGUGCCUCCGAUUCCACCAGCAACAUCGAGCCCACCUCUACCACAAGUGAACGGUUCAGCGGUCCUGUCAGUCAGUAAUAAAUGGGAAUCAAGGAAAUCUGAUUCCGAAAAGGAUGAUAAGGAGAAGGAGAAAAGACCCAGGAGUCGUGGGAGAAUGAGAUCUAGAACGAGAUCGAGGUCAAGGUCAUGGGAGAAGGACCGCAGAAGGUCUAGGAGUCGUGAACACAUCAGAAGGGAUCGGGAGAGGGACAGGAGCCGACCCUGGAGGAAUAAGUCACCUCCAUCGAGUGUGAGAAGGCACGACAGAAGGCGUAGCAGAAGUAGAAGUAUAUCUCCCCUGCGCUCCCGCACCCGUGAGAACGCUGAGCCCCGAGACCACAGGGCAAGGUUCAGAAAUCGUUCCCCAACGCCUCUACGCUCCCGCUCUCGUUCCAGAUCUGGCGAACCUAAGAAGAGUGAGCGAUCCGAGAGACCUCCAGAGCCACCAAGACUGGAGCGUUUAGAUGCGACUCCCGGCGGGACUCCCACCCAAGACAGCAAUCACGGUGAUAUCGACAUGAGACUGUCAACGACUAGUCAGUCGAUCCAGAGUGUUGUGAUAGUGCCGCCCACUGCCCCCAACAACAGCACAGGAUUCCAAGGAAAAAGACGUUGUCGUGAUUUCGACGAGAAGGGAUACUGUAUGCGAGGGGAUUUGUGCCCUUACGAUCAUGGCACUGACCCUGUCGUCCUUGAGGACGUGGCUCUCAGCCGAGUGUUGACAUUUGGGCCCCAUGGAGCUCAAGCACCUAGUACAGUACCAGUUGCUGCUGUUCAGGAAACACCACCUGGGCGCAAUGGCAAUGCGCCACCCCCUCAUUUACCAUUGGCCAGCUUACCACCUCCUCAGUUGAGAAAUCAACAUCACUCCAAUAUGGAUAUGUAUUUACGUUUUUUUGCAGAAUACAAUCCAGAUGCUCCGAGCAUGGAGCCACGUCUCCCCUGGGGUAGGCAUCCUCCCUCAACCCCGGGUAUUUACGGUCGUGGUCAGCGUGAAUUGAUAAAUGUCCCAGUGAUACCCCACGCAAAUCCACCCGAGGUAACGCAUCUCCAGUCAAAUCCCCUGAAACGUAAGCAGGCAUUUGACUUCAAUCGUCUUGGUCCAAAGCAACGAGCCGUACACAAUCCAGCUAAUUGUUCCCUAGAGUUGAAGAAAGUACCUCGUGUUCUUAAUAAUAUAACCCAACUGAACAAUCACUUCUCCAAAUUUGGAAAAAUUGUAAAUAUACAAGUGAAUUUUGGCGGCGAUCCUGAGGCCGCUCUCGUUACAUUUCAAUUGCCCACUGAGGCAAAGGCUGCGUACCGGAGCACCGAGGCUGUGUUGAAUAAUCGUUUUAUCAAGGUGUUCUGGCACAAUAAUGUUACCAAUAAUUCCGCUGGAGGUGCCAUCGAGAAUGUCCCACCAGUAGGCUGUCGACCCUCCGUGAAAGAGCGUCUAGGUGCAGCAGUGCCCCUACCAGUGAAGUCUGAGGACACAGAGUACGUUCCAACACGUCGUCCAACAGAAGAAACCACGCAGGCUGCUCCAGCAUCCCAGCCACCACCACAGGUAUCCCAGAGUCUGGUUCCCCCAACCUUGAAGAGCCAGUCAACUGCCCCAAUCCCUCCUACCCGCGAGGACCGACUAUGGGCGAUAAAGAAGACCCAAGAGAUUCUCGCUGCCAAAGAGACCCUCAAGAAAAAACAAGAAGAGAAGCGUAAAGAGGCCAUUAAAAUAACCGCAGACCUUCGAAAAAGGAAGCAGGAACUUCUCGAUAAGAACCUCAUUGAGAUAAGAUCAUUGAUAGAAAAGGCAGAGAAAAAUCCUGAGCAGAAGGAAGCAAUUAUGGGAACGAUAAAGCAUCUACAGCAGUCAAUUGAUCAGCUGCGAAAAGACUUGGCGACUAAUGGGCAGUCCGCGACCACCAAGAACCAGCCAAAAUCAAGAGAACAAACGCAGAAGGAAAUACUUGACGCUGAAUUGGAUCUGAUGACUGCACAACAAGAGGGACAGGACUCUGCGGAACUGCAGAAACGGCUCAAUGAACUCAGAGCACAGGCCGCUCUUGGAUUGAGCACAUCCCCUGCUGUGGGAAGGGGCAUCAAGGUCCCUAGGGUUGUCAGGGGUGGACAGACUGCUGCUUACCGGGGGAGAGGACGGGGGAGUUUUGCCCACGUUUCGGUGGACCACAGGCCCACGAGACUACUCAUAUCAGGGUAUGAAAGUGAGGAGAAAGCGGAGGUUCUUGCACAUUUUCAGCAAUACGGUGAGAUCAUCAAUCAAAUAGUGGACGACGCGACUCCCUCAAUAAUGAUCACUUAUAAAUCUCGUAAGGAGGCGGAAGUUGCGAUGCUGAAGGGUCGAACAUUUCAGGACCGAUUAUUGUCAGUCAUCUGGGUAUUGGGACAUCACCUUCAUCGUGGCGGGGCUAAUAUGACGGCUGGAGCCAACUCAAACGCAACAUCCGGUCGAUCUGAACAGACACAAGUGAUCGAGGACGAUAUCGAUGUGGAGGGAUCCGGCGAAACAGUUCUCCUGGAGGAGAACGAGGAGGAAGAGGACGAGGACGGUGAGUCACGAAGUUGGCGGCGAUAGCAGCAUCGUUCAUGACGAUAUACACCAGCUAUCAUAAAUAGUCACACAAUCAUUCACUCAAUGUGUGAAUGUAUCCUUGGCACAUGUGCCACUAAUGCACCGAUGAAUGUUUACAUACCCGCAUCAUCAAUUAAAAUUAUUUACAAUAUUUCAACGGGUCGUGAACACAUCGACAUUAAUAUGAGUGUUAUAUUUGUUAUUAAUAAUUGUAACAAAAAAACUAAUAAUUUUUUCUCUCCUUUUCGAUGAUUCGUAUCAAGACAUGAAAAUAACAAAACAAUAGUGAUAAUUUUAAGAUGCGAUGACUUUUGAUUGUGUUAACUACGCAUCAUGAGAUAGACUAUGUACUAUUAUAUUGAUAAGUCAUGAAUCUGUACGCAAAUUUUCAAAAAAAAAAAGAACUUGAAAAAAAUCAUGAAAAAAAGGAAUUAAGAGACGCAAAAAAAAGAAACAAGACAAACAAAAAGUCGAGUAAAAAAAUUAUCCCAUUAUUUGUAGAAUAAAAUCGCUAUGUUUUGUAUGGGAAA